AUGGGCGGUGGUGCUAUUUCUCAUAUCAUCCCCCCUGACGUCUUCAGGCCUGGAAAUCCAGAAAGACGAGCACGACUCCAAGAUUUGAUUCAACAGAUUGGGACAAGGUCUGCACAACGGGAUGCACUUUAUAAUCAGGUCUAUCUCGUGAUGGAAAAGCAUGAAAAAGAGAUCCUGGACGCAUUUAACGACAUCGUCAAUGCACUUCAAAAACCCGAAGGCCAUCUCACUCUGCGUGUUAUUGCAAUCAUGAGUGCUAUUCGCAAGUUCGAACCAGAGAGCAACUUGGGAAUUCAAAUUACUGAAGAAGUAUUGCAAGGUUUACAAGCCGUGCUAGCUAUUGCCGUGUUGGUCGGAGCAACCAAUCCAUAUAUUGCUCCAGCCCUCGUUGCAUUAGCUGCAGCCACGAUAGUAGUGGAUAUAGUCGGUAGUAUUUUGGACGCAGAAGCUGAAUACAAUGCCCUCAUGGAGCGGAUUGACCAAGCAAACACGACUUUAGCCGCUCUAAAUAAAAACUAUGACGAAAUCAAUACUGGAGUCGAUAAGUUGGCAGCUUUUAUAAAUGAUAUUGUUCAAAGACUAGUCUACGUUUCUUAUUUUGAAACCAACGUGAACUUGCGUGACGCUAAAUACACCCGAGACACUUUUAAUCAAGACUUUGAGAGGAUCCAGCCUCAGUUGAUAAUCUUACGAAAUGAAUUCCUUACUCUGAAGGAUAAAGUUGAUGGAAUCGUGACAAUGUUUAACGACAAGGUACCUUACCCUAAGAUUGCAAAGUAUGCAAACCAUUCCGAAGGUUUCGUAAUCACCGCUCAUAUUUAUUACUUAUUCAGUGAGAAGAAAAAGACCGUGAAAGAAGUCAUGAAAAUUACUGGCCGAAGCAAAGCCGAAGUCGAGGCUGCACAAAUCGCAAGUGUUCUUUUGGAUCAUCCGGACUGGUCAAUUGAUCGCGUAAAGGAAAGCAUUGCUGGAAAGAAACCGGAAACCGUAAAAGCCUCUAACAUUGUAACUGCCAGCGAUUCACCGGCUUACAUACAUUCAUCUGCAUCGCCAGAGGACGCUGACACAAAGAGGCUUUGUG